AUGGGCUGGGGCGGCUGUGGAAAGGAUUGGGGCGCUGCUGCUGGUGGCUGGGGCGGCGGCGACGCUGGCUGGGGAGGUGACGGCGGUUGGGGAGGAGGGGGGUGCAGCAAAGGAGGUGGUGGAGGAUGGGGUGGUGAGAGCAGCAAGGGCUGUGGUGGUGGAAGCUGGGGGGGUGACAGCGGCAAAGGCUUUGGUGGAGGAUGCAAGGGUGGCAAGGGCUACGGAGCUGGUGGUGGAAAGGGCGCUGGACCCGGCAGCAAUUGGGGUGGUGCUGGUGUUUGGCAGCCCAUGUUCAACCCGAUGCUCGCGAUGAUGAUGAAGGGCAUGGGCAAGCAGACCACUGGCCUUCGAAAUUUCUCCAACGAAAAGAAGGUUUGGAUAGGAGGGCUGCCAGCCAACCAAGUCAGCAAGGAGGUCAACAUGAAGAUGAAAGAUCACAUGUCCACAGCUGGCUUUCCUUGCUUGUAUGCAGAGAUCGGCAAGAGUGGCAGUGGAGGUGCUGCAUUCAAAAGCGCUUCAGAGGCUCAGAGUGCUUGCGCUGCGCUGAAUGGCUCUGUCUUUGAGGGCCACACUCUCUCCAUAGAUAUGUGGGGCAAAAAACCACCACCUUGA